GACAGGCUUGGAUGUUGUAGCGGCGGCCUACUGCGGCCCACUCGCCCGCUUCGCGCUCGUUUUCCAUCGCAAGUUGCGAACACUCCUCUAAAGAAAAACAAGCAAGUCUAGUGGGUUGCGGAUCACAAGUGUUGCUCGAGGAGUGCGUGUAUGUGUAUGUGUGUUCUGCUUACGCCCGUGUAACAUCGCAUCCAGGCCGUACUUAUGUGUGCUGUCCGUUUUGCGUCGUGACAACUGGAAUAUACGCCGCCUCCUCCCGCCGCCUUCAGCGUUUUCCUCCCGAAAGGAUUCGCAGGUGGUCGCCGAUGACAAUUCGUCUUUUAAGGAUCUAAGCUGCAUGUCUCCAGUACAGAAUCACCACGUCCACCAUGUAUGCUCCUACCCAGUCCGAGCUCCGAGAACGGCUCGAGAGUCUGCGGUCAUCCAGCUCCACUCCGACCGACUGGGAACUUAGGACGCCUCCACGCAACACCAGCAGAAGUCAGAGGCCCAGGCGCUCCAAGGUCAAAAUGGGCUACCACACAUGGACGCCUGGCAUGCUGCAUGACCAGCUUAUGGCUGAGCUCAAGACACGCGAGGGCUCACGCUGCAACUGCUGCCCUUAUGGCUACCACAUACACCUCGACUUCGUGCAAUUCUGUGAUUCUCUGAAGGCGCAAGCAGCAAGAAGUAACAUGGACCAGAUUCGGCAACAGUGUCGGGAGAGGCGGCGGCAGCGGAAGUCGCUGCAGUCAUACCUUGGUAUGCUUGACAAUGAGGUGGCCAAGCAGGAUGCCAUCAUUGCUGCUCCUCCAAAAAUACUAGAACUUCGCUCAAAGGCACUACCAAGCGCACCCCCACCUGACUUGCUUGCAUCGAACGACGACACUUUGAACGAAGUUUUUCGCAACUUUGAAGAUGUCCUCAGCAGCCACGAAAGGGGCUUGGGAAACGGCCACAUCGAUGAUGGACGGGAGAUUGAAAACGAGCUGCAAAAAGUCGACCUCCUACGAAAUGCACCCAAGUAUGCAGAUUCUGCAGUGGUGUCUCCAGGUGCCGAACCAAUGCGGAGCUCAGUGCUUCCCUCCCAUUGGCGAGAGGCUGAUCAACGAAAAGCAAGCGAAAUACUGGACAUGGUCUUCGGUCCAGCUCGUUCUAGGAGUGGCUCUGCUAGCUCCAUAUCAUCUUUAUCAACAAACUCAUCCACUGCUGUUGCUGAUUUUCCGGGGCUUCGGGCAGCAUUGAUGGCUCCGCGCCCCCACCACGCGGGCAUCAGCCGGACUGCGGUGGGGCACAGGGAGCAGGCUGCGACGAGUCCUAGCGGUGGUGGAGGCGGAAACUCGCCAAGUAUAAACCGUGCGGCCCUAGCCAACGUGCGGGAGCUGAUGGCCACGAGUCUCGGAAGAAUCAGGCAUCUUGAAGACGAGGUCAAGGCCAUACCGUUCCUGCAGGAGAAGUUAUCUCUUCUGGAAGAAGAAAAGAGGCUGCUCAUGCUGCAGCUGAAAACAAAAUCAAACCAACUGGGCCAACGUUCCGUUGGUGUCGGCGACAACCACAUCCUGGGUCCAACAAAGAGAGGCGCUGCCGGUGAUGCCCUCGACGAGUACAUCCGAAAGUUGGAAAGCCAAAGCCUAGCAGCUUUUCCAAAGACAAGCCGCUCAGAUGCCAAAGUGCAAGCUAGCGUCCCAACAACUUCUACACAUUCCAUGACAGUAAGCGCGAAAGAAGAUGAGCCGUCUUCCGAGUCUCUGCCUUUGCGCCCAAGUCGAAGUUUAGACCGUGCAAAGCCAGCCGCCGUUCGAGUCCAGAAGACAAUAGGUGUUGGGUGCUGUGUCGUAACGAGGUCUAUUGCAGUUGGUGACAGUGGAGAGCUGCUUCUAAACUCACCAGUACAAGCCUUAGAACAUGAAGGCAGCCAGGAAAAGCUUUCGACAGGGGAAGUGGAUGCAGAUUGGAAGCUCAUUCCACGAGCCAAACUACAUGUCUGCAAGCAAUGCACUGAGAGGGUAAAGAAGCAGUUUGAGAGCAAAGAGACAGCCACCGAUCCUGAAGCAGGUAAAGAUGUGCGAAAGAAACUUGAACAGCUGACUUUCGACGUCUGUGAGCCAACAUCUGUUAAGCCGGAGCCACGACCGUGCCUGCAUUGUGAAGAACGUUCUAAGCGAGUAUUCGGCCACAGUUCCACAAACACGGAAGCCGUGCUCACAUCUAAUGUUGGUGUAUCUGUCUUGACGUUGCAGCCAUUUGAGAUUCCUCCGCCUGAAAGCCCGCAGCGGCCACGGAGGUCACGAAGUCAAGGAGCACAAACGCAGCGAGUCUUGAGAGGAAAUGUUGGCGUUCAGAUUUCUCCUGUGCCCGUGCGGAAGCGUGACGUUAUGCUGCAAGCUGACGUCACUGAGAGGAGACAUGUUGGACUGCAAGUUACGACAGUCGAAGCGAAGCCACUCACUGUUUCCACGGGAACCGGCAUCACAGAUGUGAGAAGGGUCAUCUGUGACCGUUGUGCAAACCUUCGUCAGCGAUCUGUUGCAGUUGGGAACCAUGUCAGUCGGAGAGACGUGGCAGUUUCCAUUUCAUUGCAAGCAGAGACGGUCUCACAGGGUUGUGGGGAUUGUGCUAUCACAGACACCCUUUGUGAAAAGUGCCAGCUGAAACAGACCGAGACUAUUGGUGUGGGUGACUUUGAUGUCAACUGUGUCGUCUGCGAUGCAUGUAUGGAGAAGUCGACAUCUGAGGAAAAGCCACCUUCGACGCAGUCGGUUGGCACAGUGAUGACAUCUUCGGUGGAAGAGCCAGGAUCUCUGGAUAGUAGCAGGGGUGUGCGCCUGUGUGACAAGUGCAACUGCCAGAUAACUAGUGUCGCAAAGGACUUUAUAGACAAAAAUGUACUUGACCCUGUCCUUCCAACCUUGUCGUCUCGCAUUCCAAAGCUCUCAGGCCGAAGUCUUAGAAAACCGGCAGCUCCUCGUGCCUCCUCAGUUCCACCAUCCUCUGAAAACAGGAAUGUCCUGCUAGGAAGCCUUGGGGACCAGAAGGUGGCAGCAUUAAGUCAGCAGCAGCUGAGGGAGCCCCCAGCUAGGAUGACAGAGAGAGCAGAAAAGCAUGAGCCAAGCAAGGAGGUGAAAGCAGCUUGCAAAGUCCUCAACGACUACCUCAUGAAACCAGAGAGAGGGGACCCAAACAAACUUAAAACGGCUGUGUCAUUGAUACAGCAAGAGUGGUUCCAGAUUUCGAGUCCUGCUGACGCAGAUGCAAACAUGCUUGAAGACUACAUGGACACCUUUGAGGAGUUUUCCCGUCACCUACUUCAUCGCAUUGUGAACAUGGCUGAUGUGAAUGGCAACACAGCCAUCCACUAUGCUGUGUCUCAUGGCAACUUCGAUGCCGUGAGCAUUCUCCUCGACUCCAAAGUGUGUGACGUGAGCAAGCAGAACAAGGCAGGGUACACUUGUAUCAUGCUGGUCUCUCUGGCCGAAAUCAAGAACGACACACAUCGGCUUGUAGUCCAGCGGUUGUUUCAACUAGGGGAUGUGAAUGCUAAGGCUAUGCAGAAUGGCCAGACGGCCCUCAUGCUGGCUGCUAGUCAUGGACGGCUAGAAAUGAUCAAGCUGCUCCUUGAUGCUGGUGCUGAGCCAAAUGUGCAGGACAAUGACGGGUCGACGGCGCUCAUGUGCGCUGCGGAGCACGGGUACAUUGAAAUCGUGCGCAUUUUACUUGCCCACCCCGAUACCGAAGUCUGUCUUGCAGAUAAUGAUGGAAGCACGGCAUUGACGAUAGCUAUGGAAGCGGGUCACAAGGAUACAGCUCUGCUCAUCUAUGCCAACAGCAACUUCUCACGAGGCAGCUCUCCAUACUCUUCUCUGAGAAUGCGCAAACGCCCUUCACCAAGGUCAACGCCUCCUCCCAGCCGCCCAUCCAGGACACCCCCUCCUCCUAGCCCUGCACGGUCAAGACGAACGUCUACCUCUACUGUUAACUGAUACCAAGAUUGCAAGUCCUCGAUCGUACCCUUGUGUCUUUGACUUUGGAUAUAGUGUGCACAAUACAGCGCACAAUGUCAUCAAUGCUGCCAACAGAACCACAACAUGAAUCUCACCUUGAACAUGGCCUGAGAUUCCAUUGCACAGAGACCUUGGGUCUUUUGUGGCUAAUAUUUUGCAUGUAUUAGGUGGUCCUUUUUCUUUGCCCCCUGUAAUUUGAAGGCACACUUACAUCUACCUUAACACUUUCGUUUGCUCAUUUGAUAUACGCUGUAGUCAUCUCACCUGGUUUCGUAAGUACCCAGGUGCUAAUUGAGAUGCUGGGAAGAAAUUUCUUGGCUAAAACUCAGAAUGUCACUUGAAAGCCAUCCAAUGCUCUUUACAUGAGAAUUAAAGAAACGCAUAUAUUGAAAUUAAUUUUGGGCGUGCUGUUUUCAUAGUGCACAUUGUAGCAAGUUGAUGAUGUGAUUUUGCACGGAAUUACUUGCUUUAAUAUAUACAUUCCAGCCUGCAGCCAGGCAACAGGAAUGGCCUGUUAGAUGUGUCAGUUCCCUUGUGGCAGCUUGUUUCUGGCGUGUAAGUAAACAUCCUAUGUACGUGAUUGGCUGUUUACCAGGUUGUGAUAAAACUGUGUGCCUUAACAAACCAAGAGCCAGAUUUCAAGGUCAUAUAUUUUCGCUAGCAAAAUUUUCGAAAAUAUUUGUAAGGCUAAGCAGAUUUUAAUAUCUAAAUCUUAUACUACUCUUGUACUUGCCAUUUUCCUAAUGUGAUGUGUUCAAAGCUGUUUAAAGGCAUCUUACACAAAAUUUUAUGCUUGCAGUCUUCAGCACUGAAUAGACUUUGAUAGUGUUUGGCUUUUGAGCUUGUCACGAGCAUCGUUUUUGUAUCCCGUUGAUUGAGUGGCUGUUGUGCGGGUUUUAUGUCUCCAGAACCAUCAUUGUUACUGUGCAGCUUUCCUGCAUUUGAUGUUUGCGUGUUGACACACGAGCUCUGUGAAAACAUGUACAUUAAAUGGGGUGUCAUGUGAUCUUAAAGAAGUACUGACUCGAUAUUUCUGGCUUGUUAUGAUUGUUAUUUCUUUAUUUCUUUUACUUAAAAGAAAGUUCAAACCCUCUAAAGCCUAUAAAAACAUACUGCCAAGCAACAGAAUGCCCUGAAUAAUAUCAUAAUACUUGUUUCUACAAGCCAGUUUCACUUUCAAUACUGAGGAGAUGUUUGUGUCAGGACAUUAUGAUUCAUUGGCUUGCUCCAUUCCUGCAAUAGCUGCGGCUACCACAUGAAAGUGCUGCCAGAACAAAUGUGCGCAGUGUUCCAGUUCAUCAUUUACAGGCAACGUUGUCAUACCUAGCCUUAUUGCUAUAGGACGUCAGCAAAUUUCGCUCAGUCAUCAUGUUGCGAUGAUCUUGCUGCCACCAGGUACGGCAUUUCAAUACCAAUUUUAGUAUCAAAUUAAAAUAUAAGUGUUUUCCAACUGUCUAGCUAAAUGUCAAACCUUUGCUAGCAAGAAGCACUUGAUAGGAUUUCUAUAACUUGAAACACAUGUCAGUACUCCUUUAAGAAAGAAAAAGAAAUAGAUUUAACAUAGGUGAUUUUUUAUCAACCUAGAGUCGCCAAGUUAACAGGGUGUAGAAGUGUUGUUUGUUGCGCGAUUCAUGAUUAAUGUUAAUGCCUCACAAAUUUUAAGAAAGCCAGUGUGUGAUUGGUGCGAGUAAUGUCAUAGGUGUUUCUCGUCCACAAUGCGCAGAAUGAUCCACCUAUGACAUCAUAAUGUGUUAGCUGAGCAUAGCGGUGUUGAAGUUCUGUGUCCAAGAAAGAAAAAGGAAGCAUGUUGAGAUGAUCCGGUCACGCAAUGACAUUUGUAGCUUCAGGUGAAUACAACAUACUUGAAAUGUAUUAAUGUUUGUGGUAAGGCCGGUUGAUUGCUUCAAGUAGCAGUUGAGCUUGAAUGUCAACAAUGCAGCUUAAAGUUUAAAAACUGAGAUAGCAGAAGAUAAAUGGAUUGUGAUAACAAAUUAUCUGUUUAGCAGCUGGCAAGCGUCACCUUUCUCGCACUCAUGUUCUAAUCAUUAGUGAGCUCUAAUCAAAAUGCGGUAAGCAAAUAGAGCAGUCUGUGUGUGGCAUUUACUUUCUUUCUGCGUGUUCAUUGUGAUUUCCUGUAAGAAAGAAAGGUGAAAGUUGGUACACUACAGAUGUCUACGCUAGUGAAAUGUUUUUAAAUCUCAAUUUAUCUACCAUGGAUGAGUAAUAUAUUCAUAAUACACAUUGUUAUCUGUGUGGAAUUUAGAUGAAGCUAUCGACCCACACUGAUUUAAGCUCUUUUGCAUUCCAUUACUACACGAAUGCACACAAGAGUUUUGUUUUGAGGCGGGUGCUCUGCAGAACCGCAGCUUUUGCGACAUGUGUAGUCGCUUGCUUGUUCUUUCCGUGUAAUUUUCUUUCUUUCUAUGUGGUUCUAGCUAUUCAAGCGUGUGUUCAAGAUGCUGUAGAAAGCUCAUCUGUCUUUAUAAUUGUGUGAUCCGCAUUAAUGCUUACAAGCUAUAUUUAUCAUACACUACUAUAUGUACAUGCAUUGAAUUCUUGAUUUGUUCAAUUGAUGCACUGCAAAAGUUACAACGGGUUGCUUUUGCUAUUUUUGUGCAAGUUGCUAGUUGUUUUAGUCUGUUUACAAUGCCACCAAGCGAUUGUCUUUUAUGGCCUUUGUAGCUUUUUAUUGGUAAUAUUGUGGGUGUGUAUGUUGUUGCUGCUGGCCUUAUAGGCAUGCCUGCAUGUUGUAGUUUGAGGAAAGCAUUUUAGUUAGCUCAUUUUUGGUGCGCUAGAGGCUUUUUCCGUGCCAGAUUUGCCACUAUUGGGCAUCUGUUUUCAUACGUCACUGGUUGCAUUGAUUAGCUCGUUUUUAUUUGUUUCAUUUUUAACUCUUUGAACAAGGACACAAAAAACACAACUGUUCUGCAUUUCGUCACCUUAUAUUUUGAAAUAAAUGAGCUUUAACUUUUCUA